CGGGCCACCUAAGUCUUGGAUCCUCGAGUGGCGCAUUGAUGGUCGUCGUCCUUUUUCUUUCGACCCGUGGCUCGUGUGCUCUGUUGCAUUCCUUCCGUUGCUUGACGUCUGGUUGUCCCCUGCUGUUGUUCUUGCUGUUGCGGAAUGAAUUUCGAUUUCAACUGCUUAUUUUCUGGGAAUAUCGGUUGCUUGUACUCUGGACCAGUCCAAUGAGACAGUCUUAAGGGUCUCGAUUUGUGGGGGCAAUACCUGGUCAUAAGAUAUAUAGACUCCCCUCACUGGCACCUAUUUGAAAGGUUGCUAGCAUGAUGACAUAGAGCAGACUAUCAGGUUUGAGAAACCUUCCCUAUCACAUCAUGGAGGUGAACUGGACAAGGGCUUGACUGGCUCGUGAUGAUCAAGAUGAUAUGACAUCAAGAAUAAGAGACUUUUGUAACCAAAGGGAACUAUUCAGUUGAUUGUAUGGUGAACGACAAUGACUGGGAGAAGGAACACUGGAAGUGCUUCAGUGCCACUGCUGGUUCUGUUGUCUCUUGGGUUUUUCUUUGCUACAUACAAUCUUCAAACUAUAAUAUGGCACAAUAUAGCAAUCAUGAGAUCGGCAGUGGAUGAUUCAAACAGGAAACUCUUAUCCGAUCCCAUUCUUGAGAUGCCUGACGAUAUGCAGAAGCAGAAAACCUCAGGAUCACCUUUUCACGUUGCUCUGACAGCUACAGAUGCUCCAUAUAGCAAAUGGCAGAGUCGCAUUAUGUACUACUGGUAUAAGAAGAAGAAGGACCUGCCUGGCUCCGAGAUGGGGGGAUUCACUCGGAUUUUGCAUUCGGGAAAUCGUGACAACUUGAUGGAUGAGAUUCCUACUAUUGUUGUGGAUCCUCUACCUGCGGGCUUGGAUAGAGGAUACAUUGUAUUAAAUAGACCGUGGGCCUUUGUACAGUGGUUGGAGAAGGCUACAAUUGAGGAAGAAUAUAUUCUAAUGGCGGAACCUGAUCAUAUAUUUGUAAAUCCUCUACCUAAUUUGGCUGAUGGAGGAUAUCCUGCUGCUUUCCCUUUUUUCUACAUAAAACCUGCAGAGAAUGAGAAUAUCAUCCGGAAGUUUUUUCCUCAGGAGAAUGGUCCUGUGACCAAUGUUGACCCAAUUGGGAACUCACCUGUAAUCAUUAAGAAGGAUCUGCUAAAGAAGAUUGCUCCUACAUGGAUGAACGUUUCUCUAAGAAUGAAGGAUGAUUCUGAAACUGAUAAAGCAUUUGGAUGGGUACUGGAAAUGUAUGCUUAUGCUGUGGCAUCUGCUUUGCAUGGUGUUAGGCAUGUCCUCAGGAAAGACUUAAUGCUACAGCCUCCAUGGGAUCUUCAAACUGCAAAGAAGUUUAUCAUCCACUAUACUUACGGAUGUGACUACAACUUAAAGGGUGAACUAACAUAUGGCAAAAUUGGAGAGUGGCGAUUUGACAAGAGAUCAUACUUACGUGGUCCUCCGCCUAGAAAUCUUUCCUUGCCUCCUCCAGGGGUUCCUGAAAGUGUAGUUACUCUUGUGAAGAUGGUAAAUGAAGCUACUGCAAACAUUCCUAACUGGGAUACAGAGUAGAAACGAGGUGUGCGAUUAAGGAUACCUUGAUGCAACCUAUGAUUUGAAAUAAAAUUGUUGUUUCAGUCUUAGCUGUGUUAUUUUCAGAAAUAGAGUGCAGAAAUUCUUAGCUCAGAAUUUCAGAUAGAGGUCUGACCUAAAAAGAAAGUUCUACAUAUAGCAUUGGAAUGCAAUUUUGACAGUUGCGUCUUUCAGGCACUUUUCCUUUGGUGUAAAAGGGAAGGGCCUAGAAUCGCUGUAGAAGGAAAUCCGCUUCAUUAGAUGGCCCGGUGUACAACCUUACAUUGCUCGACUCACAACAAGAUCUCUUGAUGAAUACGGGAAAGAGAACUCUGCAUUUCAAAUUAUCCAAAUAUAUUUGAGAAGAAGGUCUCUAUUCCAAUGUCUUGAUCAUAUCAAAAUGCGCCCAUGCGCCUGAUGAUUAACUUCAUGGUGGUUAUAUGAGUUGAUGGCACAAUAUUUGGUCAAUUUUGCCCUGUCCAACCGGUUUCACCUGUCGAUUUUUCGACUGUAAGGGUUCCCCUUAUGACACAUUUGAAUCAUGGCGAUUCAUGCGGUGCAUGAGGUAUUAAUGAAAAUUGGUUUUCGAACUUCA